UGAGUUCUGUAGGUUAGUUAGUGGGCAGUAGGCUGGUGCUCGGGCUCCGCAGCGUGACUGUGUGGUUGUGGGUCCCGCUGGAAGUUGUGAGGAAGGCCGGGCGGAGAGAGGCAUGGCCCGGUUCGGGAACAGGCUGAGCGCCUUCUCCAUCUCUGAGCUGAUGGAGCUUCUGGAGGACGAUGUGAAACUCAGCGCUAUAGUGGAGGAGGUGGACGAGGUGAAGGAGGUGCAGCAGAGUAAGGAGAUGACCCUGGCCAGUAACCGGAGCUUGGCUGAACAGAACCUUGAGCUGCAGCCACAGCUGGACCAUCAGAAGAAUGAGCUCACCAAGCGCUACCGCUGUCUACAGGACCAGUUUGAGGCCUACCAGUUGCGCAAGUCCACACUAGACCACAAGUCUGGCAGCAGUUCCUUGGACACUCUUCUCGCACUGCUGCAAGCGGAAGGAGCCAAAAUCGAGGAGGAAACAGAGAUCAUGGCGGACUCUUUCCUGGACGGCGACGUGACUCUCGACACCUUCAUCGAUGAGUACCAGAGCAAGAGGAAGCUAGCUCACCUGCGACGGGUGAAGAUCGAGAAGCUUCAGGAGAUGGUGCUGAAGUCCCCUCAGCUCCUCCAGGCUGCUCCCCAGCCGUGCCGUCCUGCACCAGAACCUGCCCCCAUCCAGAGAGAGGUCAACGGCUCCCCGGCCCCCGUACCCCAGCCCCGACGGGCCGCUCCGCUCCCACCAAUCAAGAGCCCACCAGCAGCACCUGCUCCUCAGCCUACUACUGCGUUUUCCUACCCAUCUACCCCGUACCCUCCUAUCCCCCCUAGAGUGGGGCAGAACCAGCCCAGCCCGAAUCACGGAUACCUUUCUCUCUGCAUGCCCCAGUACCCGCCUCCUGUCCCCCAGAGACCAGCACCACGUCUGGCCCCUCAGCCGGGCUUUAUCGUCCAGUGACCUGCUGCUAGUGGGCGCUAGAGGAUUUGGCAACCUGGAAGGAACAGAAUUAUAGAUAAAUAAAUAUAAAUAAAUAAGCACUGGACAAGCACCUGAGCCUUCCUGUGAGUCCUCCAGACUCGCACUUACAGGAAUUUGUGCAUCGCAGUGCUGGAAGACGAAACCGGGGGUCGUCUAGUCAUUUCUGGGACUUUUAUUUUGUUCGUUUUUCUGUUUUUUGGCUCAUAAACCUGCACUUUAGGCUCUGUACUUCUGUCGUUGGAGCUAUGGCUGUUGGAAUUACACUCCUGAUGUUUGUUUGUUUGCUUUUCGCUCCGUUUGGUUUGGUUGUCUCUUUGAAUUCGUCAUCUUUUUAUGUUCAAAGCCAAAAUAGCAGAAAUGCCAGCUGAAGAAAAGCUACGAUUUGUUUUUUUGUUGUUUUUUUUCCUAUUAUAUUUUUUCAAAUAAGUAAUCCACUCCAACCAAGCCUCAGCAUGGACCUGGACCUGCCGCAGGUUUUCGUUUUCACACUGUUUAGGUCUCGAUAAUAUUGUUAGUAGUGUCUGCAUUUAGUACCUUCAUACAUUUCAUGUCUAAAAAAAAAAAAAAAAAAAAAAAAAAGCUGCUUCAACAGUGAUGGUGGUGAUGAUGAUGAUAAUGAUUAUGAUGAUGAAGUCUAUGCAAACCAAGACCGAGGCUGAACUGUAACGCCGUGGGAACAGCUAAAUCUUUUUUCUGUUUGUUUGGGGUACCAGCAAAGCCAAAGAUUUAAUUUUUCCAAUGUUUUCAAAUCACUGGAAAAGGAAUGUAAUAGAAAUCUGAAAAAUAUGAUUUUAUCGUUAUUGCGGUGUAAGUUUUCACAAUAGACACAUCGAAAAGGGCUGUGAUUACAUUGUGAAUAAUAGCAAACUCAAACUGCAUUACCUGCGUUCAGCAACAGAGGGAGCUCACAGGCUGCAGACUGUGGUCAUGUGACAUAGCGAGACUAGAGGCAAAGCGAGGCAGAGCUAGGUAGAGUGAGGUCGAGGUCUAUGGUUAACGCUUACACCAAUCUACUUCUUAUUUCUAUAUCUUGUUUUUGGUCAAUACCGUCCCCCUUAAGACUGGAUUUACUGGAUUCAGCACUACCUAUAAAGUAAUCUAGACUAUUUUUACACCAGUACUAGUAGUAGUUUUUUUCUGAUCCAAAGCCAUAAGAUUUUUGAUAACUUGGAGCAUGUGAGCACGUUGUCUCUGCUGAUUGGUCAGAGCUGUCUAGGGCGGAGCAAGAAAGUAAAUACAGGAUGAAGAUCCUGUGUUACGGACUAGAGUAUAUAUAUCAAUGCAGAUUAGCGUGGGGUGGCAAAAGAGACUUAGUUAGAGAGUUAGUUAAUAGCUCUAGUAGUUAUGUUGGUAAUAAAUCAGAUUAAACUGCAACUGAACAGCCGUUUAGCUUAAACACAAGGAGUAGGCCCAUAUGCUCACUGACAAAGAAGCGCACCAAGGGUACAAACGAACCACUGAGCUAAAUAGUGCUGAUGUGGAAACACCCCUAAGCCCUAUCCAGACGGAAUUAGUUUCUCAGGGGAACGUCUGUAAAAAAAUAUAUAUAUUUCACACUUCUACUCCGUGAUAAAACUCUUGCAUUCGGACUGCAGUUUUUAGGCUUUUUCGGUCACAACAUCAUGUUCAGUAGCUCCUCCAUUUCCAUUUGCUAGUGUGUUUACGUGGAUCUCCGUGGAAACAAAGUUUAAUUACAGUGCGUGGCAGUGGACAAAUGGCUAUUUUAUUACACGUGAGGUGAUGAAACUCAGAGAUGUGCGUCCGGACAGGACUUAAAUAACUGGAGGACCAUGGAGUUCAGAAACAGCAGGUAAUUUCCUCAGAGGACGUCUGAGGAGAAAAACACGUACAUGGUCGUUCCGGAUGGGAAUAAAAUCACAAAGGACCCCCCAUAAAAGAGAAAAUUACCCCAGACCCCCCUGAGAAGCUAAUCCCACCCAGAUAGGGCUUUAGACUGUCUAUUCUUUAUUUUAGUAAUAAUAAUGAAUGAUUACAGUGGCUGUAUAGUGGGUUGCCGCCCCCCAGUGUUUGGAGGGUGAGGCUAAUUCUCAGUUGGAAGCUUUAGUCGAUGUCUGAGUUUAAUCUGUGUUCGGAAACCCGUCCCAUUGGGACAAAUAUUGACCGAAGGGGUGUGUUCGCCCCAGCCUAGCUGCAGCAAAUAAAAGCAAAUUAGCUGUGAUGAUGCUGAUUUUUGGUUUUUAUGCCUUGCUGGCUUAAUCAGGCUAUUUGUUUAGCUUGCGUUUAAGAAUAUAAGCCAGGACUUGUCUGAGCUUGUCUCUGGAGGGACACAUGUGGGUGGGUUUGUAGCACGAGGGAGAUUAAUGCAUGUAUGAUUAUUAUUAUAAUUGUGUACUAACACUGAAAACCCAAAUGGAUUGACAAUGUUUAGGCCUGUCACAAUAAUUAUUAAAUUAAAAAUUAUAUAUUUUUGCAUGAUACAGCUCUGAAAAAAAAUUGGAGACCACUUCAGUUUCUGAAUCUCUGAUUUUGCUAUUUAUAGGUUUAUGUAAAUGAGCAGAGUAAAAUGAACAUUGUUGUUUUAUUCUAUGAACUACAGACAACAUUUCCCCCAAAUUCCCCCCCAAAAAUGUUGUCAUUUAGAGCGUUUAUUUGCAGAAAAUAAGAAAUGGCUAAAAUAACUAUGCAGAGCUUUCAGACCUCAAAUAAUGCAAAGAAAACAAGUUCAUAUUCAUAAAGUUUUUAUAACAUUCAGUAUUCAAUAUUAGGUGGAAAAAUCCUGCUUUUUAAUCACAGUUUUUAUUCAUAUUGGCAUCAUAUUCUCUUCCACCAGUCUUACACACUGCUUUUGGAUAACUUUAUGCUGCUUUACUCCUGGUGCAAAAAUUCAAGUAGUUCAGUUUGGUGGUUUGAUGGCUUGUGAUCAUCCAUCUUUCUCUUGAUUAUAUUCCAAAGGUUUUUAAUUUGGUAAAAUCAAAGAAACUCAUCAUUUAUAAGUGGUCUCUUGUUUUAUUCCAGAGCUGUUUAUUGUCUCAGAAAUUAUUGUAGUAAAUAUAACAACUUAUAUAAUAGCUUAAUAAUGCAGUUGCAACCUUUUAAAGAACAGUGAACAUGUUUUUCAUUAUCUGCUGUCCUAUUCUAUUGGCAGUUCUUCUCUACAGGGACCAGACAAGCCGUACAUUUUUCAAUAUUGAUAUUAAUACAUGUAUUACAUUUGCAAUGUAUUUGUCAAUACAGGUGCAUCUCAAAAAAAUUGAAUAUCAUUGAAAAGUUACUUUAUUUCAGUAAUUCAGUUCAAAAUGUGACACUCUAUUUUUUGGGUUUUCAUUGGCUUUAAGCCAUAAUUAUCAACAAUAAAAAAAGGCUUAAAAUAGAUCAUUGGUCAGAAAAUGAGUAUUACAUUUUGAACUAAAUUAUUAAAAUAAAGUAACUUUUCAAUGAUAUUCAAAUUUUAUGAGAUGCACCUAAAUGUUUUGUUUCAGUGGAAAAUCUCUAUGUAAAAUGCUGUUUUUGGCGAUAUGAAAAAACACUUUUGAAAAACAUUUUAAGAAAAUACUGUAUGAAUAAUUUUGUAAGAAUAUUAACGUUUUAUUUAGUAUGAAUGUAAGUUUCCUACAUGCAGAAGAAACUAGGCAAGUCUAAGAACAUUUGUCGUUUUCGUUAACAGAAACUCACCGAGAUCCUGAUUUAGUUAACAACCAAAAUCUACCACAAAAAUAAAAUGCAUAUUUAUUCAUAUGCGUAUUUAGUCCUGCAUAUAAACUGCUAACAAAUAAUGAGGUAGUAAAUAAGGUAGUAAAUACAGUAAACAUCAAAACAAACACAAAAUAGACUAUUUUCAAGAUCACAAUAUAUAUCACAAUAUAACAAUUUUAUACAUUUUAAUUAUUUUUUUUUUCAUAUCAAGUUUUUGGCAUUAUUUAUACGUACGAAAAGAUAUGGCACAUUUCUACUCUGUAGUCCAAGAAUAGGCUUAAUCCUCGGAAACCAACCUGUAGAGUAUUAAAUCUUUUAUUUAAAUCAAUGCGAAAAGCAAUAAUAAUGAUUGUGACGGGCCUAAGCAUGUUUUUUCCUUUUUCCUUUUCUAAUUAUUGUUAGAUCGGAUAAGAAAAUUGUUACUUUUGGUACAAACUAAAUAUUAUUAUUAACAUUCUAGGAAUAUUAAUGUUAAUCUGAAGCCUAAUGCUUUCCUAUACAGCCAUAAUAACAGCGUUGAUUUAUACUUAUUGUGACAUUUUGUUUUUUUGCCUGUUUGUUCGUUUUUCAGUGUUUACUGUACCAAUUUGUCUUGUAACAACAUUGUUAUUUAAUACACUUAUUUCUAACGAUUCAUUUUCUGACAAUUAAUGUACAAUACAUAUCCAUAUCUGACACUCCUGUACUGUACAUGCCUUACUCUGAUUACUGACUGUUGAUUACUGUUUAAAUCCCUCAUUUUAUAUCAGUUCACCCUGUUUUACUCUUUUACCCUCACUUUACACUUUUGGAGCGUUUUCACACCUGUAGUUUUUAGGUUUCUAUGAUCUGGAUCAGUUUUGUGGAUCAGAGUUUGUUUAUUUAUAGCGUUUCUCCUUCUGUUUGGUUUGUUUUCACACAGGCAUAAACCUAAAUGCACCAAAAUGCUCACCAAUAAACCACGUGAGCACAUCGUCUCCUCUGAUUGGUCAGAGCUGUCUGGCGCAGGAGCAAGAAAGUAAAUAUAGUGAGAAGAUUCAAGAUUGUGUUCCAGUGUGUUUAUCUGUAUACCUGUGCAGUGUGAAGCUGCUUUAACACAGAAUGCUGAAAAUUUGACGCUGCGCUUUUAAACACAGCUGUUUUCAAUGGGAUGUGCAGUGCAGAUGUAGAUGUAAUAUAGAAGUAGUAAGUAAGUAAGAAGAAGAGUCGUGCGGCUGUGAGCAGUGAACGCAGCACAGACCACGUAUGUAAACAGCAUGGAGCAGCAGCAGAGACAGCGUUCGUUCAUAGCUGUUGUAAUUAGCAUUGUCUGGCUAAUAUAUCAGUUUAAACUGUGCCUUACUAUCAGUUUAGCUCAAAUACAAGAAGUAUAUAUGAUUGCUGAGUCGGAUCGAGACCGGAUCAUGCUCUCACCACAAGUGAACCGCUCCAGAGUUCACCUCCAUUAGCUUGGUCUAGUUGUUUUGAGCCACAUCUGAGUGUGAUUACUGUUUUCACACCUGCUCAAUCAAACUAUACUAGGGGUACAAACAAACCAGAAUCCAAUUUAGGGCUGGUGUGAAAACCCCCUUAGAGAAACCCCUUUUCUUUUCUGUUUUUGGCCCAUUUUCUCCCUAAUUUGGAAGACAAUUUACCCAACCCUCUAAUUAGGCAUCUUCCAAUCUCCAGUAGCACCCCCUCUAAACAUUAGUAGAGAUCAGAACAAGAAACAACAACAACAAAAAAAGUUUGUUUGUAUGUUUGUUUGUUUCUUUGUUGUGUCGAAAGGCCGAGUACAGCUGUUGGGCACACUUUUAAUGUCCAUCAUUCUUUACAUUAAAGCUGUUUGGUUCAUUGUUAAAAAUGUGGAAAAUUGCUAAAACUGACCCAUGUCUUUCUAUUGAAACAUAAUAAAGAAAACGGUGGUUUUAAACAAGAUGCA